GGAUAAGCUAUUUUGAAAACCUAGCAAAACAAAUAGAGUACAGAAUUUAUCAGUGCUCAAAUUAUCAUAUAAAAUCUAUCAAAAAUUAUCUAAGGAUGAGAAAAUAGCUGUGGAGGCAUUAUUAAAACUUAAUAGACUCCCUUUAUCGAAGUGAUUCUCUAUGCAUCAUGUCGGUGGUCGAUUUCACCAAUCAAAAAAUAUAAAAUUUAAAAUUAGUAGAACAAUACAAGGAAACGUUCAAUCGUCAAGUGGGUUCUUUUUUCUGUGGCGCUAUUAAACUAUUCGUAUUUCUUUAAGUAAAAAGGUAAAAAUUUCUGGAAUGCAUAGUUUCUGCGAUAAGUGGCGGAAAAGAUUUUAUGACACCUACCAGAAAUUUUGGAUAAACUGAUAAACUACUGUAUAAUAAGUGUUAGGGUAUUAUCAAAGUCUAAGCUAUGAUGAUGCUGUGUUACAAUGGUUUAUAUGGUCAUCGAAUGGAGCUACUAGACAGGUCGGCAUCCAAAACCUUUAUGGUUUGAUUUAAACUCGCCAAUUCGAUAUGUCUUCAAGUUCAAGACCAGAGGAGCAAAAGAAAUUAGAGUAUACAAUAAUUGUUGUAGGCUAAUGGAAAUUGGAUCUUCUCAUCACAGGUUAUGCCUCGGCUUAUACAGAUGAUCCUGAAGUUCGAGGUAUAUUUCACCGCAGGUAGCAGCAUUGAGGACGAUUCAUACUGAAGAUCAAGUCACGGUCUGAUCACGGUCCGGUCCCAGCUCGACUAGUAUAUUAUGUAUAUUAUAAUAUGGCAGGUGUUCCAAAUUACACUAUUCGCAUUGUAAGGCAAGGUCAAAUCACCUGCUUAUCAGGUCAAGGGCCUGCGGUAUUCAGUUCAAAUGUACAGACAAAAAUAGUUGGAUGGUCAUUUUCCAUUAUAUUCCUAAGCAAGCUCAUUAUCGUGUUAAACUUAGCUUGGAUUCCAGUAACAAUUAAGUAUCUACCUAAUGGGUAUAAUAAUAAUCCAUUCAAAUGUAGACCAGGAAAAAACAAUAGAUAAUAUGGUUCAAUAUAAUGAUAAUUCUAAUGACAUUGAAAAUAACUGCUGGAAAGAAAUUAUCACCAUAAACAAUAAUUUUAUGUGAUUUUUUAAUAGUUUUUUCGCCACUUGAAUGUUGAAGCUUAUCGAUUUUAUAAUUUCUAUAUUUAAAU